AUGGCAGAUGUGCUCCCAAGUCCAACAAUUAUUCCCAAGAGCACAAAGUCUGAUACAUUGGAGAUGAUGGUAGCUGAACUGAACAAUACAACAAGUGAACAUGGACAUUGUAAUUCCAUGCCAACAGAUAGCUCUAACCGUACUGUGCAGAAAAUUGCUGACAGGGAAACAUCAUCUGAUUUGGAAGAAGUAAUCAUCGGAAGGAAUGAGGAAAAACAGAAAAUAUUAUCUGUUUUAUUAGAGAGCGCCAUACAAGAAAUGGUCAUCCUUCCAAUAUAUGGCAUUGGAGGCAUUGGCAAGACAACCUUGGCACAAUUGGUAUUAAAUGAUGCACAGUUCCAAGGCUACUCUCUGGUGUGGGUAUAUGUUUCCCAGGAAUUCAACUUGUAUAAGAUUGGCAACUCUAUAAUAUCACAGUUAACAAACAAGACCAGCAAUAUAUCUAACAGACAGAUGCUCCAUCAACGCCUUAAAGAGCUAUUUUCUGGUAACAACAUCCUUAUUGUUUUAGAUGACCUGUGGGAGGAGAAGCAAACAAGGUUAGCUGAAUUGAAGGUUAUGCUAGGGCUUGGCCUAGGAAGAAAGGUGAUUAUAGUAACUACACGUGAUGGAAGCCUCGCAAGGAAAAUAUGUAGUCCCGCAGUUACACCAUACAAGCUGGAGACUUUGACAGUGGAUGAGUGCUGGACUAUUUUAAAACAAAAGGCCGACUUCGAAAACCGAGUGGACAAAGAACAAUUGGAACAUAUAGGAAGGGAGAUUGCAACCAAGUGUGGAGGUGUGGCCUUGGCAGCUCAAUCACUUGGAUACAUGUUGAAUGGCAUGACAUCAGAUGAAUGGGAGUCAGUGAGAGACAGUUAUAUCUGGAAUCUAUCUACUUCAGAGGGCCAUGAAGUGCUUGCGUCCUUAAAACUAAGCUAUAGCCACAUGUCUGAUUGGUUGAAGUUGUGCUUUUCCUAUUGUGCAAUCUUUCCAAAAGGUCACAAAAUAGUAAAGUAUGAUCUAAUUCACCAAUGGGUUGCUCUUGGAUUUGUCGAGCAAUCUAGGAUAUUUGAUUCUAUGCAGCUCUGUGAGAAAUAUGUCACCCAACUUUUGGGGAUGUCCUUCCUUCAGCAUUCAAAGACAAGACAAAGAGGUUACAUUUUUCACAAUGCAUGA